AAAGUGUUUAAAUUUUAAACCAAAACAAAAUGCUAGUCAUUUAAAAUUUUAAGGAAACAGGUCCUUUACUUAUAAUCCCUAACUAAGGACUUACAAAAUGAAGUUUUUAACUCACUACUGUGCCUUGCUGUUGUUGUGGAAAGUUAAUCUCAUCUCUGCUGCCGCCGCAUCGGACUAUGACAAUCAACCGAAAAUUAUCUCCCAACACGGCAAUUUAAUACUCCAAGCAGCCACCGAUCGCAAUCUAAGUCUUCGCUUAACGCAUGAUGCAAAACUCCUACUCAACAACAUCGAUCUCAUGGAUACAAUACGAGAGCGUUUUACUCCCGCAACUCUAGAUGGCGAUGUGAAACCAAUCGAAAUUCCAACCAUUGAAAAUGCCGGCGAGGAGAUUCAUUCGAUUCGUAAUGAUAUUCAGCGACUUACACGGCGAUUUUCAAUGUUACAAAAUCGCACCCGAAAUACGGUGGGACCUCGGCAGCUGCGACGCGAAUUGGGACGUUUGCGUCGUUUAAAUGGACGCCUUGCCAAUUUGGAGGAAAACGUUGACAAGGAUGAAUGUGCCGAAACGACGGAGCCGUGUAAAAAUGGUGGAACUUGUUAUGAUUUGUACAAGGGUUACCAUUGUGAAUGUGCCGAAGGAUGGACGGGGAAGACAUGUGAACAAGAUGUUGACGAGUGUUAUCUCUUGGCUGGCACAGAUUUGGGAUGUCAAAACAAUGCUGUGUGUCAGAAUACGCCGGGUAGCUACAAAUGCACCUGUGCCAAGGGAUUCUCUGGCACCCACUGCCGCCUAAGAAACUCCAUUUGUCAUCAAGAGCAAUCCCAGGAACUGUGUGGCCAUGGUGUUUGUGUACCGGCAAAUAAUGAAAAAGGCUAUACCUGUCUCUGUGAUCAGGGUUGGACAAAAGAUCCUUUGGUGGCGACCAACUCCAGUAUUUCGCCAGUGUGUGAUGUGGAUGUCAACGAAUGUGAAGAAUCACGAAAUCCCUGCCAUAGUGAAUGUAUCAAUUUACCCGGAAGUUUUAAAUGUGGACCAUGCCCGCCGGGCUAUACGGGGAAUGGAGCAACAUGCUAUGACAUCGAUGAGUGUGUCACCAACAAUGGUGGUUGUAGUCUGCAACCCAAAGUACGAUGUAUUAAUACUGAGGGAUCCUAUCACUGUGGCAAAUGUCCUGUGGGCUGGAUUGGUGAUGGUCACUCCUGUGAUCUGGCUCCCUCGAACUCCUGUGAUGAGGAACAUAUUUGUCAUCCCCAGGCAAAAUGUGAAUAUAUUUCCAAUGUGGCCACAUGUACAUGUCCCCAUGGAAUGUUCGGUCAUGGAUUUGGGCCGCAGGGAUGUCACACCACACCCAUUGAGAAUUCUUGUGAAAAUCAUUUGUGUCAGAAUAAUGGAACCUGUUUGACCACUGGUCGUGGUACAAGUUGUUUAUGUCCCGAGGGCUAUUCCGGCAGCCUGUGUGAAACUGUCGAUGGCUGCCAUCCGAAUCCUUGUAAAAACGAUGCCGUCUGUAAGCCCCUGGCCAAUAAGGCAUAUAAAUGUGCCUGUAAACGUGGCACCACUGGCAAACAUUGCGAAAUUGUACGCAGUGUCUGUUCCACACUGCAACGCCAAUCGCCUGGAGAGAUAACCUACCCGACGGAAAAUGUAACCGAAUAUGCGGCCCAUGAAAGAUGUGUCUGGAUCAUACGCACAGAACGUACGAAAAUUAUUAAUCUCACCUUUACAUCUUUCGAUGUGGAGGAGGACCCUGAGUGCAGCCGUGAUUGGUUGCAAAUCCAUGAUGGCAAUUCAUUGGCCGCUCAGCUAUUGGGUCGCUUCUGUGGCAAGGAACUACCAUUGGGUGGUAAUAUUUUAUCCUCACAACAUGAAUUGUUCUUUUGGUUCCGCAGUGAUAAUGUCACACAGAGAUCUGGUUUCCAUAUGACGUGGCAUUCACAGCCUCAUAUAUGUGGAGAUACGCUGGAGCUGAAGAUGGGAGAUGAGGGCAUAAUUCGUUCGCCAGGAUAUCCGGGUAAAACUCCAAUCCAAAGAGAUUGUCAAUGGGAGUUGAUGGCGCCCUAUGGUUCACGUUUUGCUUUGAGGAUUUAUGAGAUCACGACAGGGAAUCGUGUCAAUUGUCAGGGUGAUUCGUUGAAGAUCUACGAUGGCGAUUUGCUGCUCAAGGAAUAUUGCGAGACCACCUCACCGGAACCAUUGAAAUCAACUUCCAAUAAACUAGUCAUACAUUUCCACACCGAUGCCUUUAAGUCGGACAGCUCCUUUCAAUUGCACUAUGAAGUGGAAUCAUCAAUACCCCAUUGCGGUGGUGUUUUUACCGAAGCCUCUGGUGUUAUUGUGGCGCCCAAUGAACCGGCCAUAUGUCUAUAUCUGAUACAACAAACAUCGGGUAUACAAAUUGAAUUGGACUUCGUGGAAAUGAAUCUAUCCGAGGAGGAGAAUUGUAAUUUAAAUAGUAUUGAGAUUUUUGAUGGCAAAACCGAUGAAGAUCCCCGUCUUAAAUUUAUCUGCAAUACCAGGACCGUGGAGACAAUAACCUCAUCAUCAAAUUUUGUUCUUAUUCGAUUCAAGAAUAUAAUCGACUGGGGCAGUUCCAAAACUUUAUUCAAAAUAAAAUAUUCAAGAGUAUGCGAAUUUAGCUACUUUGGUCCCGACUCGGGAGUAAUAACCUCACCCAACUAUCCCAAUGCCCAUACCGAAUAUUUGACCUGUACCUAUCACAUCUAUGGGCCAGUUAAGACAGUGGUUCGUGCAAAUUUCACUGAUAUUUCCUUGGCUGGCAAUAAGCAGAGUGUUUCUUUGGAUGACGAAGAAGAUCCAACAAGUCGGGGCAAUGAAACAGAUAUUGGCGAGGAACGUCAGACAUAUUUGGAGGUACACUUAUCGAACACCAACAAACAACGUUACUACAAAUCCUCACCCAUGGAACUCAUUUCGAAAUUAAACAAAAUGACAAUUGUAUUUCAUGCUACCGAAAAUCCCACUAAAGCUCGAGGUUUUCGUUUGGAAUAUUCGUUUGAGGAAAUCUCUUGCGGUGGUAUUUACACAGGAGAAUCAAGUCUCAGCAGCGAUUUUAUUGCAACGAAUGAAAAUCGCUGUGAACUGAUUUUUGAAGCCCCUGUCGGAAUGAAUAUUUUAUUGGGUUUCCGUGUUCUCAGAUCACAAAGCGACAUUGCAGAUGAUUUCAGUGCCAGGUUGUAUGCCAAUGUGGCUGGUAAUUCAAAUUAUUUACUGAAAAAUUUGAAUGGUACGCAAACAUUUAGAGAGCUACUGCCCCACAAUCUGGUCACAUUGGAAAUUGGCAAACAUUGCUAUGUUUAUGGUGUAAUGUAUCGUUUUAUAGCACCGGAAACCGCUUGUGGUGGCGAAUACCGAACUUUGUUUGGUGUCAUCAAAUCACCCAAUUGGCCAAAUGCUUAUGCGGACAAUAUGAACUGCACCUGGGUGAUAACGGCGCCCUUGGGCUAUAAAAUCGAACUGAAAGUUCAAAACUUUACUUUGGAAGAUGAAUGUGUGGGUGAUUUUCUGGAAAUAAGAAAUGGUGUCAGCGAUAGUUCACCACUUAUCGGCCGUUAUUGUGGAAAUCAAAUACCUUCACGGAUACCCUCCUUUGGCAAUGGUCUUCAUGUACGUUUCAUCUCAGAUGGCUCCACCCAGGGAAGUGGCUUCCAUUUGACCUGGGAACAGGCCGAAACUGGCUGUGGUGGUAAAAUGACAUCCUACAAGGGUUCCAUACAUGCGCCAAUCACAACAGUGGCCUAUCAACAUCAGCAUACCUGCGACUGGCAAAUUCAUGUGGCCCAAGGUUCUUCCAUCACCUUAAGCCUUAUUAGCUCGGAAGAAGAUUUGGCAUUUUGCCAUGGCAAACGUUUGACCAUAUAUGAUGGGUCACAUCCCUCCAGCAAGCAAAUAACUUUCAAUUGCUCUGAUAUUCAAAAGACUGGGAAUUUAACCUUAACCUCGUCAUCGAAUCAGUUGCUGAUUAUUUAUAAGACCGCCGAGAGUUUUAUCACCAGACCUGAAUUUAUUUUGGACUAUGAGACAAAUUGCAAUAUGGUCACGGACCAUGUCCAUGGUAUUAUUGAAUCGCCGAAUUUCCCGGAAACAUAUCCUGAUUUACUGAAUUGCAAAUGGGAUAUCCAUGGCGGCGGGGCGAAGAAUAAGAUACAAUUGGCCUUUUCCCAUCUUCGCCUCGAAUCGGACAAUAUAUUGUGUGAACAAGAUUACAUUGAACUGUGGGAUAUGCAGAACUCAGAUGUCCUGAAGAAGCAACGGCUAUGCACACCACCAAUUGAACCCUAUACCACCGAGGGUAAUCACCUGAGGAUACUUUUUGUCAGUGACUAUUCCAACAAUAAAAAUGGUUUUCGAGCCGAAUUUUCACGUAUCGGCUGUGGCCAGGUGUUUAACCAAAGAUUCAAUACCAUCAAGUCUCCCAAUUAUCCAAGGAGUUUGGAUUUGGACUGCGAUUGGUACAUAGAAGUUGAGCCAAAUGCCCAGAUUGUAUUGUCGCUACAGGAAUAUGUUUUGGACACAGACACCACAGAUUGUUCCAGCGAUACUCUCGUUGUGAAGGAAACAAAGACAUCCAAUCACACGCUCCUGCAACAGUGUUCUCUCACAACCUCGACCAUUCAAAUAACCUCACCCUCCAAUCGUCUGUAUUUACAUUACCGCUCGGGUUCCUCGGGAAAUCGUAAAUAUUUCAAGGCUAUGUAUCAUUCAUUGCCGGCAAAAUGUGGUGGCACAUUUAUCACCCCCUCCGGCAGCAUCACAUCACCCAAGUAUCCCGCCAACAGUUCCGAAGAAAAUCACUGCAAAUGGGAAAUCAUUAUUCCCGAAAGCAAUGGCAUUCAAGUUACUUUGCGUGACUUGCAAUUCGCAGAAGCAACAUGCACGGCCAACUACCUGGCCAUUUCCACCCGGGUUGAUGGUCAAGAAAAAUUGUUGGAAAAAUGGUGUUCAUCUUCGCAGGAGCAUGUGGUGAGUCGGCAAUUUCCAACGAGUAGCAUCAUUAUUGAAUAUGUGGAUGAACGGGCCCAAGGGGGUAGCCGUUUUGCAUUGGAUUAUGAAAAACAAUGCGGUGGCCGAAUUGAAACCGAUGAAGGAUUUUUGUAUGCCAAGGCGGAUGAGAAAUGCAAUUGGUCAUUUGAUGUUCCGCAGGGUUCUCUAAUUAGUAUAAAUAUUUUGAAAUUCUACUGCUACUGCAAGGAGGAGGAAGCUAAUCGAGGUGACCACGGCACGUGUGGUAGGCAUGGUUUGGGGAUUAACUAUUUGGGGGACGGCAAUGAUAACAGCACUGAAUUCUUCUGCGAAGAACAUCAAUCCAAUUUGUUGUACGAAGUCUCUCAGCUCAAUUUAAUCGCCAACAAUAUCGAUUUCUAUGCCCGAUUUUCAACGAUACAACAUUCGUGCGGUGGCAGCAUCGAAUCGCCACAUGGCACCUUGGCAUCACCGUACUAUCCGCAAAACUAUCCCCCAAAUGUCGAAUGCCAAUGGACAAUAAAGGCCAACAAAGGCAAUCAUUUGGAACUGCAAUUCGAAGAGAUGAACAUCACGAAGAGUGAUCACUGCAAUGAAGAUUUCUUGGAGGUGAGAAAGACGAUCAACUCACCAUUGAUGGGAGUCUAUUGUGGCAAUCAGCUACCCUCAGAAGUUUUGAGAUCUUUCGAAAGUGUCUGGAUGAAAUUCCACAGUGCAGAGGGCAGUACGGGCAAAGGUUUUAAAUUGAAAUGGAGUUAUGCCCAUCUGAAUGAGUUUAUUAAUCAAUCGCGGGGUUCCAUUGAGUCACCACCCGCCGGCAUGGUAAAUCAUGAGGAGGAGCCAUUUAUAUGGCGCAUCGUUUUGCAAACGGGACAAUUUAUAAGUUUGAAUUUUGAUCACUACAGUGAUGGACUGAUGCUCUUUGACGGCUACGAUGACAGCGCACUUCCCAUUGACAUUCCUCCCUCACCCUGGCAAUUUGUUACCUCGACCAGUGCAGUCUAUUUGAAAACGAUCAAUGACAAGCUUCGUUACUUCUCCUUGAAAUGGAAUGUCACGGGCACAAAACCGCCAGCGGAUAACACAACAGACGACACUUGUCAUUCGGAACAUUUCUUUGCUUCACAUAAAAUGAUGUUCCUUCAAUCUCCCGGCUAUCCCAAUGGCUAUGAAAAUAAUCUGAAUUGCAGUUGGAUUUAUAAGCCCCUUAGUCCAAUCGAACAUAUCAUCGGCUAUUUAUACGAAGUCAAAUUGGAGAAGAAUCAAGAAUGUGCCUUGGAUUAUCUGAGAGUUUCCACAUCGACGGACCUCAGUAAGUGGCAUGCUUUGGAAACGCUCUGCGAUAGUCCGGAUAUGUCCGGCCGGGCUUUUCGCACAUAUCAUGGCAGUCCACAUUUGAGAUUUGACUUUAAAACCGAUUCUACAAUUAAUGGCACCGGUUUCAAGGCAAUGAUAUCGACCAAAUGUGGUUCGAAUCUGACUGAGUCGCUGGGAUUUAUUGAGGGUGGAAAGCUGGUGUUUGAUACGGGUUGUUUGUGGCACAUCAACGUGAAACCGGGUAAACGGAUACUUUUGCAAUUCGAUUUCCAAGUGUUAGCCAACUACAGUCAUAGAGAUUGUCUUGAAUAUGCCUUGGUCUACGAUGGCGUGGACGAACAUGCCCCAAUUCUGCCACCUGGCAAACUAUGGAAUGCCCAAAACCAAUCACAAAUUCAUAUGAAUUCGUCGAGCAACCAUCUGACAGUGAAGUACGUCUUCUGUUCCCAUCGUCCCCUAAUGCCGGCUAGAUGGAAUUUAACAUAUCGCGAAUACUCCACCUGCAACGAAGAGUAUCGUCUUAUACCCGAGGCACCCAGCAUAAAUAUUACCUCACCGAAUUUCCCCUAUGUUGCACCGGCCUACACGGACUGCAGCUGGACCAUUAUUGCACCUCCCGGUGAAACUAUACAGGUGGAGUUUAUCGAAAGCUUUCAUGUGACACCUAGGGUGUGUGAAAAUGUCUAUGUGGAACUGUUCGAUGGAUCCACAACCCUGGCUCGGAGUUUGGGACGUUUCUGCAGAAAACCCGACGUUCAGAAGACCACCCAAAACAUCCUUCACAUUCGCUAUGUGGUGAACACAAACAAUGCUAUGAGGGGUUUCAAGGCCCAAGUGUCACUCAGCAAAUGUGGUGGUUCCUACAGGGAAUUUAGUGGGCAAAUUAUGUCGCACGGUUAUCCCACAGUGGGAGCAUACCCCGCUUUCUCGCAGUGUGACUAUAGUGUAACAAUGGCCACGGGCCAGUAUGUGCGUCUAACUUUGGACGAUAUUCAUUUGCCAUUCGAUGCGAAGCAACCGAAAUCCCGCGAUCAUUUGGAGAUCAUUCAAAUCCCCCAGAAUGCCGAGGUGGAGGAAGGUGUAGAAGAGCCGCGUAUUUUCAUCUAUGGCAAUGCCACAAAGUCCACCCGCAUCCAACUGAACACAAGCCGGGCAAUCAUACGUUUCCACACAUUUGCCAAGACGACGGACUAUCGAGGUUUCAAGCUAAGCUAUGGCCGACUUUUUAGCAAUUGCCAACAAAAUAUUGAGGGCAUUUCGGGUUUUAUUACCACCAUUGUCCAAUUGAGUUUCAUGGAUUCCUAUUGCCAAUGGCGAAUUACGGUACCGAAGGGACAAAGAGUUCGUUUGGAAUUUUUAAAUAUGGACGAACUGAGAGCGGAAAAUGUUACCGAGUAUCCCCAAUUCCGCAUACACAACGACUUCGAUAGGAUAUCGUUGAUCACUAAUUUUUCGGCUGCAACUUAUGAUUCGAAUGCCGUUAUACAAUCUACGGACAAUGUGAUGGCCGUUAAAAUUACGACAACAGGAAAACUAUUUCUUGGUCGUAAAAUCAAAGCCCGCUAUACAUCCGAUGAGCCCUCCAUUUGCCCACGAAAUAUCGAUGAGAAUAACAAGGCCGGAUCGGUGGAAAUACAAAAUACCCUACCGCCAUUUAAUGCUAGUUAUGCUUGUAUUUCGAAAAUCAAAUUCAAUUCGGGACAUACGCUGGCCUUCAAUAUAAGUACAUUUGAAUACAGGCACGUGGCCGGUAGUCGUUUCAAGCAUCCUGCCCUGAGUUUUCGCGAUGGUAUAGUUUCCACAGCCUAUACUGAAAAUCUAACAAAUGUGUUGCAGCCACAUAAUCAGCUGAACGGCGAAUGGCGUGUAAAGCAGACGGAAUAUGAACGGAUACACCGCCUGAAAAUGAAUUAUCGGCUGCAUAAAUGCGGUGGCCAGGUGUAUCUUACCGAACGACAAUAUCAGAUGGGAGUAACGGAAAUUAAUGACAACAACUAUGGACCCUUGGUGUGUCUUUGGACCUUCAUCAUACCCAUUACAUUUGUGGGCUCCGAAUCGGAAUAUCAUCUAUUUGGAAAUUUCACAUUCAGUGAUGCAUGUGAACGAGAAUUUGUUACCAUCAGGGAGGGACGAUGGUCGUCGGAGGUGGUGAAAAAAAUAUGCAAGGACAAUGCCAAUGAAUUGAAAAAUUAUCCUCUGUCGAAUUUCAUGACCUUUGUGACCUAUCAGAGCGACAACUUUAAUUCCCAAAAAUCACGAAUUGCCAUUGAAACGAGAAAGGCCUUGAAAUGUGGGGGCGAGACCAAAGUUACAAACUUUGGAACUUUGAGAUAUGACAUCGAUCGGGAGUUCUACAAGGAUAAUCAGGAAUGUUCGUGGGUGUUCUAUACCAACCCGGGUCGUUACAUACAGGUGGAGUUUGUCAAUCGCUUUUUCAUCGAGGAAUCGCCAAAUUGCACUAAAGACUAUUUGGAAGUGCAGUAUGAAGAAGAUGGCCUUUGGCUAACACAUGGACGUUAUUGUGGUCGAAAUUUACCAGACGGGCUGAAUGCAACAUCUUCGCGGGUACAGCUAGUUUUUCGUACCGAUGCGUCCAUUAGAGGUGAUGGUUUUUCAUUUUUGGUACGCAGCAGGUGUUCGGUGACACUUAAUGUCGACACGACCCCACGCAGUGUGGUGAGUCCUACAUCACAGUUUGGGCGCCAACUGGAUCGCUGUAGCUACAUUUUCCAAAGCAAUGACACUCAACGAAUGAUAAGUGUCAGGGUUGUAUUCGAAAAGGGAUCAUCUCCGGUUUGGUCAUAUGGACGUGGCUGCAUCCAAUCGUUUACGGUAAGCAAACGUAAUGCCCAGGGUGAGCAGCAGAUUGGUGACAAGUUGUGCCAACAGGAUUUCGAUGAGUCGGCAUUGAAGUAUCUCGAACUUUCCUAUGAGGGCUAUAGCCUAAGAAGCUUUACAAUUGAAUACAGCUUGGAAAGUUGCAGUGCCAACAUAACGAGCUCCCAUUUCCUGAUACGACCGCAAAAACACGAAAUCACAAGGGGCCAGUAUGCCAACAACAUGAACUGCCUGUGGCACAUCACCGCUCCCAAGGAUCAUUCGAUUUUGGUGAAAUUUAAAUAUUUCGAUACGGAGGAGAAUUUCGAUCAUGUCAGCAUUUUUAGGGGUCACACUGGACAAACGGAGGAUAGGCUUGUGACAAAGCUGAGUGGCAACUACAGCGAGAAUCCACCGGAAGUGCUAAUAGAUCAGGCGGAGGCUCGUGUCGAGGCCAUUUCGGAUGUUUCGAAUACGGCCAGGGGUUUUGAGGCUGAAGUUAUAUUCCUUGUGAAUUGUAAUGAACGUGUAUCGCUGACGGAGGGCACCACAUCCAUUACCCUGACGCGUAAUUAUAAAUUGUCAAAUGGGUCGGAUGACUGGCGAAUCUGUUUGUACCGCAUUACGGCACUGAAAGGACAUCGCAUACAAAUGCGUUUCAACAAGUUGCAGAUCAAUGGCAAUACCACACACUGUUUGAAUUCCGACACCAGCUGUGGAAAUUCGAAUUGUAAUUCCCUGGAAAUGUUUGAUGGUCCCGCGGACAUUCGACAAAUGUCAAUGGCUAAAAUUUGCUCGCCAACAAAUUCAACAAUUUUCAGUUCCUACGAAGAGGCCGUAAUAAAGUUCACAGCCAAGCAGAGGGGUGAAUAUAGUUUUGAAAUAAGUUUGACCAUGGAGAAGACGGAAUGUGGCACACAGAUGGAGUAUGAUUUUGCGGGGCAGAAGAAUCUAACUCUGGUGUUUCCCCAAAACGGCGAUAGCGUCUAUCGUCCCAAUGUCCACUGCAAAUGGAAAAUACAUGCCACCUAUCCCCUUUUGCUACACUUCAAAUACAUUGAUUUGCAAAAUACCUCCCAGGUGAAUGGCAAGUGUUUGGACUAUAUAAAACUUAGUUAUGAUGAUCUUUCCGAUGAGCUCUGUGGCCAAAGCUCAAAUUAUGUCAUUAAUGUAGAUCGUUAUGCGGGAGUUGAUCCUCCAGUGAAUCUGACAGUGGAAAUAACAUUCCACAGUGAUGAUCGAAUUGAGGGAAGAGGAUUUGAAAUGGCAGUUUUAAAGAAGGAAGCUGAAAAUCAUACCCACACCCAGUUGAGUGGUAGCAUAAGCAGUUCUUACAGUGAUACCUUUAAGAACGACACCAUUAUUGUUCCCGAAAUGUACAACCUGAAUUUAUAUAUUCGUGAUAUAUAUCACCAGGACUCCGGCAAUUGUGAUCCCCUGGAUAUGCAGAUAAUCAACCUCAAGACCAAUAAAUCCCUAUUUAACAGCUGUAAUACGUCCGUUAGCGGGUUACCAAUUUACACAGCUACCAACAAACUUCAAAUUCUAAUGCGAAAAAUCUACUACACUAAUCUGAACUACUGGGUGAGUGAUCGCAAUUCGGGGCCAGGAUGUGGUGGCAUUUUCCAUGCCAAGGAAGCCUACAUGGCCAGUCCACAAUAUGAAAACGAUCGCAAUUAUUCGGAAUGUUAUUGGAAUAUAACAUUGCCGGCACCGAAUAAAAUACGCAUACAAUUCAUUGAAUUCAAUAUGGGUGCAGAUAUCAAUUGCCACUUGGAUAAUGUCAAGAUCUACGAUAUAAUGCCAGAUAAUAGCCAGAAACUGAUAUCGACACUGUGCGGUGCAAAUUUCCCAGAUGCUGUUGUGACUACCUCAAAUCGUGCCAUGAUUGUCUCGAAGAAAUCGCCCAACUUUGAUGGAACCGGCUGGUAUUUGGGAUAUACUGUGGAAAACACAGGGAAUUAAUAAUACAAUGUAUAAAUUAUAAGUAAUUAUAUAAGAUU